CAUGUCGGUGUUCGAGCUUGGCGACCGAGCGCUAGUCUAUCAAGGAGAGUUACUGUAUGAAGCUAAGAUACUCAAGAUUUUCUAUCCCUUAUCCAAGAUAAUCAAAUUUAAUGACGAGAAAACUAAAGAUGUUGUUGAAACUGCACCAGAACCGACGUUCCUUGAGAGAUAUCGAUCUUCAAAGGCUUAUUUUGUUCACUACAAAGGAUGGAAGUCCAAGUGGGAUGAAUGGGUCACGCCGGAAAGGAUUUUGCCGUAUAACAAAGAAAACUUAAUCAAGCAAAAGGAGUUAGUUCAAAGCCAUCGAUCUGUUGGAUCAUCCGUUUCUAACCGACCUAAAGUGAAACUCACGUUGAAAGGCACGGUAAGGCAGACAAACAGCGCACCAUCGAACUCUACAGAACCUUCCAAAAGGGCCGAGUUGAAAGUUCAAAUCCCCGACUCAAUAAAAUACGUUUUGGUGGACGACUGGGAAAAUGUGACUAAAAAGCGAAAGCUCGUUCACUUGCCUUCUAAAGACUGCAUUGCGAACAUUGUAACAGCAUACACUACACAGCUUCAACUGUCUUCAACCGCUCAGGAUGACCCCGCGCUCGACAACAAGCUUGAGAUUGCUCGCAGCCUACGGCUCUAUUUCAACCAAGCAUUAGGCUCCUUGCUUCUAUACCGCCAUGAAAGAACGCAAUACAAGAUGGUGUUGGAUAAAUUCCCCGACUCUGAGAUGUCGCAAGUUUACGGUGUAAACCAUUUACUGAGACUUUGCGCUAUCCUGCCCAACUUAGUGAUACAAUCGACUAUGGACCCGCAAAGCAUUUCUCUAGUACGCGAGUUUCUGGAGGAUUUUUACGCCUUCCUUAGUGCCAAUCUGAAGGAACUUAUUGAAGAUUAUGAAAACGAUCUGCCCACAUACUGAUCUUAAAUAUAGGUCUCCAUAUCACCGAGGUAAAGAUUUAGUUGUUGCAUCAACUUAUCCAGAGGCGCCUGUUCGACUAGAGUCACAUCGGAUUGGUUGCUGAGCUUGCGAAGUGAAUGCUGCACUGCGAGUCGGUGCAGCCCCAUAUAACUGUCGUCAAGACUGAUAAGCUUUCCGUUCGACGAGUUCAAGCUGACAAUUCCAGUUUUGGAAGACUCAAUGGAUGUAGCACACUGAUAGCUUUCGUAAUCUUUUCCUCCAAGGGAACACUUGACUGGACUGUCUCGAAACACGACGUCUUUCAUAUUCCAAUGGACAAUACGCCCGUCCUUGGCUCCUGUAAAGAUACUGUUUUUCGAGACCCAUUCAAUGGCCGUGAUGGCACCUGAAUGGCCAUACAUGGUAGCAAGUGGCUGCUCUUUUCUUAUAUCCCACAGCUGGAUACUGCUGUCCUCCCCUGCAGCACAUAGUUGAUAUGGGUUUUGUGGAGACCAUUCGAUGAGGUGCGUUUUAUUGCGCUUGUACGAGAGAUACGUCGAAGUACAGAGCUCUGUUUGGGUAGCAGAUCUCAUAUCGAAUAGCCUGACACCAAAGGACCCUGCGAAGGCAACCAACCCGUCGUUAUUUUCGCUAGCUGCGAAGGAUUUUAUACCUCGAGCUUUAUUCUUGUAGAGAGGACUCGAAGACCUUGAAGUAUCCCAGAAAAAAAUAUUCUCUUUGUAGAUAGACAUCAUAGAAUUGGUCAGACAAGACUUCCAUGAAGUCGGGCUUAUCUCAAUUUGAAAUUCGUCUCCCACGUCGGUUAGUGAAGUAUGCUUUCGGUGAUUGAACUGCUUGAUGAGGUCAACGUGGGUCAGGUCAGUAGACCUUACGUUUGGAAUAAGAGAGAGAUUAGCAAUGCCAUUAGUGUGGCCAGUAAUCAUCAAUUUUAAAUCAUUUGUCUCGUCAAGAACAUUGUGCAACCACUUUAUAGAGCAGACAUUUGGUGCGGUAAAGCUGGUCAAGUAACCAAGCAAGUUCUUCUCGGUAUCCAGCUUAAACAUCUUGACGUUCUGGUGGCUUGAAGAAGAUCCAACGGCAAUCAAGUCUUGGCUGACAUCCAUACAAUUUAGAAAUUCGUACGGAUUCAAUGGCGAGCCGUAAUCGAUUUUCCAGUAGCUAGAUUGCAAACCCUCUUGCACAGGCG